AUGGAUUUCGGCAUGCUGGAGCCCCUCUGCGUCGCCCGUCAAAUCCCAGAUUACGACCUGCUCGAAGCGUCGGACCGGCGUGUGUUCUACAUGGAAGUCCACGUCAAGUUCGUGUACUUGGCCGAGCCUCCCAGCGCGCCGUCGGAUUGCCAAGGAGAUCGUUUGAUGCCCAAGGUCUCCCGCGAAGAGAGACACGAGUUCCGGAUCGACGCCGAUCAGCUGUCGCAAGAUGCCGACGUGGAGUGGUUCGUGCGGUAUAUGUUGACGACGGUGGGCGUGAUGUACAGCCCCCGCCACGAGUUCAUGGUACGGACGGUACUGUGCGGGGCGGCGUCCGUGGCGAGGGACGAGCGCAAUAGGGACGCAAAUGUUCUGCCGAUGAGGGUCUCUAUUUCGUGCGCCGACCCCUCCAUUCACCCAGAGCUGACGUCGACUGAGGAGGGGCAACUCGCUAUGGCCUACGACGAGGUCGAGGGUAUAGGCCCCAGCGAGGAUGAGGCCUACGAUGAGGGCGAGGAUAUAGACGCCGGCGAGGAUGAGGGGCUCGUGGUGGCCUUCGACGAGGGCGAGGAUAUGGACACCAGCGAGGACGAAGAGGAAGUAGCGAUGAUCGGGCCGUGGUUGAAGGGAUUGACGGAGGUUGAAGUGACGGAAGGAAGCACGGAUUGUGCGAUCUGCUGCGACGUCAUUCUUGCGGGUUCGAAGGGGAGCUCCAUGCCUUGUUGCCAUGUUUAUCACCGAGAAUGCAUCGCGAAGUGGCUCAAGAAGAGCAGGACUUGCCCGCUGUGUAGGUUCAAGUUGCCUUCAACAUACUAA